AUGAUAUAUAUUUUAGGAAAAGAGAGAUUAAUUAGCUUAAAUGAGGAUAACAUAAAUGAUGAAAAUUAUUUAUCAAUUAAAAGUAUUUUAAAAGAUGAAAAUGUAAGUAUUAAUAACUGGGUUGAAGUUAGUUUACUUUUUCAUAAAAAAAAUUAUUUUAAGUUGUUUUUAGACUUGAUAAAAGAAGGAGAAAUAUAUUUUAAUAAUAAUAAUGAUAACACAAAUUUUAAUAUAUUAUUAUUAAUAUAUAACUUAGAAAAGAUAGUAAAUAUAAAAAAUGCUAAUAAAGAAGAUGAACUGAAGAUAAAAGUAGAAAAUUUAAUGAAUCAAAUAGAAAAAAAAAAAACAGAAGCUAAUAACUUUGAAAAUAUCAAAGAUUAUUAUGAUUAUUUAUCACAUUUUUUAAUUAAAGGAAUAUAUAAUAUUAAUAUAUAUUUAUAUUUACUAAAUAAAUAUGAUAAUAAAAGUGGUAGUAAUUAUUUAUCGUCAUCACUUAAUAAUUCAUUAAAUUCAACAAAUUUAAAAGGAAAUAUUACUAAUGAAUAUAUUAAUCCUCUCAACUAUUUAAUUGAUAGUAUAAAUAUUUUUAUAUAUUUAUUAAAAAUAAAUAAUUAUGAUUUUGUUUCAUCAAUCUAUUUAUCAUUGGCUCUAUGUCUGAUGUAUAAAUUGGAUGUUUGUAUUGAAUUUUCUUCGUAUGCAUUGAUCAGAAUAAUGCAUUUUCAAAAUUUCUUAAAAAGUUUAUCUGAAAAAUAUAAAAAUUCUUAUUUAAGUAUCUAUGAUAAAUGUAAUAUAAAUAAUUGUAAAGAAGUAUCAAAAAGUGAUACACAUUUCACAAAUCUCCAAAAAAAUGAUAGUAACAAUGACAAUUAUGAUUGCAAUAAUUAUAAUUCUAAUACCGUUAAUAAUAAUAACAGUGAUAUUAAUAAUAAUUUAAAUAUUGAUAAUAUAUUAAAAUGCAUUAGAAUAAAAAACUUAUUAAAUAUAUUAAACAGUUUUAAAUCAAUAUUAAAAUAUAUCAUUGGAAUUUGUUAUGUAAAAAAAAAAAACUUUAGCUUUGCUUCAUUUUGUUUUACAUCCUCUUUAAAAAACGACAAUUAUUGUUCCUCUUAUUUAACAAAUUCAUGGUUAUUAUUAAUGAACUAUUUAAAUAAAAUUUCUCAAAACAAUGAUUUUAUAAAAAAUGAUCAUUACGACUUUUUAAAACAUUCUAAUAACUCUUCUGGAUUUCAUCAUUUUGAAAACUUAGAAAAUUAUGAAAGUGAUGAUUAUGAACAAAAUGUAAUAAAUUACGAAUCUUACUUAAAAAAUUCGAAUGAUAAAAAGGUAAGACAUUAUGAUUUUGAAAACAGGGAUAACACAGCAAAUGGUGGGAAUAUAGAGAACAAAAUAAAAAACUAUAAUACAGGGAAUCUUAAUAUAAAUGAAAAUAAAGAAAAUAUAUUAAGUAAUUAUAAUAUAAAAAAUAAUUUAAAAAAGAUACAUAUAAAAGAAAUUAUAAAACUAACUUUAUUUUAUUACUAUAGUUAUUUAGAAAAAGGGAUAAUAAAUUAUUCAAAAAACCUUAAUACAUUGUUGAAUUCUGAAGAAGCUUUUUUUAUUGAUAAAAAUGAUAUAUAUGAAUAUGAUGAAUCUAUUGAAUUAGUUAAUAAUGAAAAUAUGUUUAUAAAAAGCAAAUAUUACAAUGUAUUUUUAAAUAAUAAUAUGAUAUCUAUGUAUUUAGAUUUAUGUGAGAUAUGGUUGAUACUUGGUAGUAAUAAAUCUAUUAUUCUUUUGAAAAUUAUAAAAGAAAAAAUUAAUUUCAAUUAUGUUAAUAAGAAAUUUUUAAGUAAGUAUUAUUUUCUAAUAGGUAUGCAUUACCAUAUAAUAAAAAAUAUAAAAAAAUCGUUAAAAUAUUAUCAUAAGAGUUUUAUUAUUUAUAAAAAUAAUAUAAGUAGAUAUUAUUACACUAUAUGUUGUAUUUAUUUAAAAAAAUAUAACAAAGCAAAAAAGAAUUUAAUAUAUUUAUAUAAAAAAUGUAAAAAUGCUUAUAUAAUAAAAUUAUAUGUAUUCUUUUUUAUUCAUACAUCUAAUAUCUAUUUAAAUUAUAACCUUAUAAAUAAAAAUGAAAUUACGUCUAACUUAAAUGUAGAAAAGGGUGAUGAAAAUAGUAUUAUCACAAAAAAUGAAAGUGAGGUUCAAGAAAAAGAAAGCACUAAAAAUAUACACUAUAUUUUUAAUAAUAAAUUUUUAAAAAGUAAUAUAAAUAGUGAAAUGAAAAUAGUACUAAAAAUGUUACAUAAUAUGAUAGAUAUUUUAAAUAAUAAUGAAGAAAUGUUUCCAAAUGAUUUAGAUAUAAAAUUGAUGAAGUCCAAAAUUUAUGAAUUAUUAAUUACAAAAUAUAAUGACGAGAGUGUUGAUUUAUAUUUCAAGAUUUUACAUGAAACAAAUGAAGUAAAAAAUUUUUUUAAUAAAAAAAAUAAUUUCCCAAAAAUAUCUUAUGAAUUAAUUAAUAAUUAUAUAAUUUCCAUGUUCUAUUGUAAUAUGAAAGAAAAAAGUUUAGAAUUAAUGGAACUUUUAAAGUAUGAAAUUUUUAAUAAAUUAAAAAAAUUUAUUAAAUAUUACAAUGUAUUAUGUAAAGGGAAAAUCCAAAAAAAAAAAAAAAAUUUCCUAUAUAAAGAAGAAAAUUUCACUAAUAAUAAUGAGAAAAAAAGAGAGGAAAAAGAAAGUGAAAAUAGUUUUUUCAAAAAUGAUGAUAAUAAUAAUAAUAAUAAUAAUAAUAUAAAUAGUAAAAGAAAAUAUAAUCAUGAUGAUAUUAUAAGUAAAAGAAGAAAAAAUAAAGAUUAUCAUAAUAACAGUAUUAAUGAUUAUUAUAAUUAUAAUAAUGAAGAAUGUAAAAAUAUUUUAAACAAUGAUUAUUCACUAGUAGAAAAUAAAAAGAUAAAAGAGAGUGAUCAUAUAAAAAUAAUAAAUACAAAAAAAUUAAAAUACAUAAAUGCUAUAUUAAGAUCAAAUAGAAUAUAUGAGAUAAGAAAUAAUUUAACAUAUAAAAAAUCUGUAAAAGAAAUAUAUAUAAAAAGAGUAAAGAAAGAAAGAUACAAACAUAUUAUUAAUUAUUUAAAAAAAUUAUAUAUCACAAUAUGCUUCAAUAAUGCAAUGUUAUUAGAAUUAAUUGGUUAUAGAGAUAUUUCUAUUAAUAUAUAUAAAUUAUUUACGCAUAUAUAUGUAAAUUAUGAAUGUGCAUUUAUUAGACUAGCAAAAAUUUACAUUAAAGAUAAAAAUUACUCUAAAGCAAAAGAAGUUAUAGAUAAUGGAUUAAAAAAAAAUACGAAUUCUAUAAAUUUAUUUUUAUUAAAAUCAUAUUUACAUUUUAAAAGAAAACAUUAUGAUUAUAGUAUAUAUGCUUUAGAGAAAUUAAGAAAAAAUGAUUAUUGCAAAAAUAAUGUGCUUAUUAACACAUAUUUAGCUAUAAUUAAAUUUUUCAAACUAAAAGAAUGUAAAAACACAUUAGAAAAAAAUUAUUUAAUAAAUGACAUUUAUAAUGAAAUCAAAAUAUUAUUAGAAAAAAAAAAUAAUUUUUUUUUAGCUAAUUUAAUUUCCAUAUUACUAAGUGUAAAUCAUAAAUAUGAAUUAUCUUAUGAAUCACUUCAGUUGAUAAUAGAUUCGUAUGAUAAAUUAUCCUUUUAUUAUUUAGCUAGUUUAAGGAAUAUAGUUCUUCUUAUGUUUAAUAAUUUAAUUAAAAAUAAACAUUUAAUAAAUAAUAAAUUAUUUUUAAAUAAAUUAAAUGUAUAUUUUAAUUUAAGUUUAAAAAAUGGAAUAAAUGAUAAAAAAUUCUUUUUAUAUUAUUCUAAUUUUUUGCAUAUAUUAGAAAAAUAUGAUGAAUCCAUUAAUUUAUUGUAUUUUUGUUAUGUUAAAUGGCCAUAUGAUUUGUUAAUAUUAAACUCACUUAUUAUUUGUAUUGAUUCAUGUGUGUCAAAAUAUUUAAGUUAUGAAUAUGUUGAAUUAAAAAAUAUUAUUCUUAUGAAGGAUUUAAUUAAUUUUUCUUUUAUUGUCAUAUAUACAUUAUUAUAUUUUAAACAUUUUGCUACAACAUCUCAGCUUGUUGGAUCAGAUGAGUACUAUAAUUAUUACAAAGAAGAAGAUUAUAUAAUUGAAGUGAAAAAAAAAAGUAUUGAAAAUUUAGCUAGUAGAAAAUAUUUAAUUUCAACAUAUAAAAAAUUUGAAGAAAAAAUAAAACCAUAUAUUGAAAGUAGUCUUCCUGCAAUGCUUAAACAAAAAAAAAUGUAUCAUAUCAAAAAGAUAAGUAUACAAAAAAAAUUAUAUGAAGAAAAAAAAAGGAAAAAAAUGAAUUUUGAAAUGCAAAAAUUAAAAAGUCAAGAAAUUUUACAAGAAGAAUUAUUGAAUGAUGCAAAAGAAUUAACAAAUGAGAUAUAUGAACAAGAUAUAAGUGUAAAAGAACAAAAUCAAAUUGAAAAAGAUAAUCAAGACACUUAUUUGAAUAAUACAAAUACAAGUAUAAAGAAAAUAGCAAACGAUAUAGAAGAUAAAUGUUCUAAUAAAAUAGAAGAUUAUAAUUCUUCAUCAGGUAGCUCUGAUUUAUUUGAAGAAAAAAAUCCAUCUAAAAAAAGAAAAAAGGUCAUUGAUUAA